CGGAACAACAGAGCAACUGGCAGGCUGGUUAUUUCCAGCGUCGGUGGUGGUGCAGCAGAGCAGAGCGGACCCUGGACUGACCGCAGCUGAGUCCGCACACACACACACACACACACCACCUGUCUGUCUCUCUGUCUGUCUGCACGCACACCGCAGACAGUUCAGUCAGUGCUCCCGCACACAGACAUGAGCAUCCAGAGCGCAUCUGCGGCUGAAAUCUGCGUGAUCUGAACGGGAGGGAUGUUGAGCACUGCAGCAGACAUGCCGGGCCCGCUCCACAUCACACUCAUCGCUCUUCUGGCCAGCUGUGAUGCCUUCAGAUUGGGUUCUUCCCAGCGCAUCAUACCCCUCAGUCCUCCAGUUGCCCGUCUAUUCCAGGAUGAAGGCGCAGCCCAGCCACACUUCAUCCAGGAAUUAGUCAGAACCAAACGCCACUCCGUCCAAGAGUUAGUGCGUGCACAGCCUCAUCUGGUUCAUGACAUGGGCUGGCCAGAGAUACAUGAAACAUCCCGUUCUCAGGGCAAGAUGGACUCUGCUAACUUCUCUCAGUUAAACCCGCCAUCAUCCGCCAGUCAGGAUGUAGCCAGGACCCGAGACGCUUUGGAUGAAAACCAAGAUGUGGAAGACGAGAUGGAGCGCAUGGUUCAUCUGGCUAUUCCCCAGGAUACAGAAAGCUACAGGGGACACCUAGACUCCACUGACCCAGAGAAGGAGCUUAUCAGUGGGCCCGGAGCUGGCGAUGCCUCCCUGGAGGCCUCAGGCUUCUAUGGAACGGACAUGGAGGACAGAGACAGAGGAGAGGAGGGAGUAGAGGACAGAGAGAGAAGAGGAGGAGAAGACGAGUGGGAGAGAGACGCAGAGAGGAGAGGAGGAGACGUCAGAGGAGAGGAAGAAGAGAGGGGAGGAGGAACAGACGAUGGAGAUGUUCGUGUACUGGAUGCAUUAGAGGCUAACCACACAACCCCAGAUCUGGACGCUCUGAUUGGCUACAGUCCAUCGUUCAACCCCUCCAGUUCGCAGCAGCCUCGUUUAUUCUCCCCAGAUGAGAUGCAUGAUUCUGGGCUACAGGAGCAUCGUGCAUCCCCGGUCCUGGAGGUGGGUCCUCUAGAGAGAGAGCUGUGGGAGGCAGAGGGGGAGGAAGAUGGUCACGCCAGUGGCUAUGGAGACCUUCACUCCUCCAUUACGACAACCGUCGCUACAUCUACUGCUACUUCAGCUGCUGCUGCUGCUGGUGGAGACACUGAGGGAACUGCCACCCCUGAGACGGACACGGGGACAGACUUUGGACUGCUGGGAAGUUAUAUACCUGGGAAAGAUGAAACAGAGGACGAAGAGACGGAGAGGGAGGAGGAGGAAGACGAAGAAAUUGGGCUGGCACACAAAGGCGUUUUUACCCAGAAUCCCACUGUACCAGAGAUUGGCAUGGCUCCCAGCAGACAGCCUCUGCAGCCCAGCGUGGAGGAAGAGGAGGAGCUGGAGCAGGGAAGAGACGAGUUCAAAGGCGUUGGACUGAGCGACAGGAGUGACGAGGUGGAGGAGGAGGAAUGGAGAAAGAUGGAGAAAGAGGGAAUCAGACACAUCAUCCCGCUCACCACGGAUCCCUCUGCCACCGUCGGCUUCACCGACCCCUCCUGGGAUUGGUUGGACAAGACCACGCCCCAGCCGGCCCAGAGGUCAGAGGUCAGGGGAGGUGGGAUCACAGAGGUCUUCUUACCGGACAGUGAUUUUGAUGACAUGGAGGAGCCACAGCAGGUCAUGUGUGUAAACUGGAGCGAGCUGGCUGGACGAGGAUACGUCAUCCUCCACAUGACGCAAAACUUGAACUGUGAGGAGUUUCGUGCAGACCAGGGCGUACGGUUGCUGAAGAUCAUGGAGCGAGUGUUUGCUCGAAGAAUGAAAAGCCCAGAGGGAUCAUGGGAACUCUAUCUCAGCAAGCCUACACACCAGCAACACCAGCUGCUGAUGAACGUGGCAUCUGCGCACGGAGUGAUAGAUACCAAGGACGUGCUGGGCAUGCUGGGAGAAAUCAGGAAAAGUUUGAAUAAGGUGGGCAUCCAGAACUACAGCGAGGCCAGUAGUUGCCAGUCUCGGCCCAGUCAAACACGCAGCGACUACGGCAAGCUGUUUGUGGUUCUGGUGAUCAUCGGCUCCGUCUGCAUGGUCAUCAUCACAUCUGGAUUUAUUUACAUCUGCUGGCAACGACGACUGCCUGCGACCAAGACUACGUUCCGCGCCGAGGAACUUCACUUUGUGGAGAACGGUUGCCACGACAACCCCACGCUGGACGUGGCCAAUGACAGCCAGCCUGAGAUGCAGGAGAAAAAGCCGAGUACCAACGGGCUGGCGGGGGGAGGAGAAGGAGGCGGGGAGGACAGCAAUCGCUGGCAGGUCUUUGUCAAUCAAGCAGCGACUGAAGAGGAAGAAGAGGAGCAGGACACACAUCUCUGAUGGACGAAGAGGAAGAAGAGGAGACAGGUUAUGAAGGGUGAGCGUCUUUGAUAGACAGAUGAUGAGUGGAGCCGAGAGGGAAGAAGAAGAUGACGAGGAGGAAGAAUACGAAAUGUCUUUGGUGGAGACGAGGAUAAAGAAAGGAGAGACAGAGGUAGUUGAUGGAAGUUAAAAGGUCUAAAUCCAGAGUAACAGAUGUGUUCUCCAGCCAGAGUUAAGCUGAUUGAGGCGAGGAGGAGUCACUGUCAUCAUGCACAUCAGACACGGUAUACGCUUUAAAUUUCAACUUCUCUUAGGAUGUCCACCUUUUCAAACGGUUAGUUGGACUUCAUAGCUACAUGCCCCAACUUAGAGAAUAUCAUCAUUACAUGAUAACACAUCUGUUUAGUGUGCCUUAUGCUUUAGCUUUUUUAUGCUGUGGCUGUACGAGACAUGGAAAAUAAAACAGGAAAUGGAAAAUCCGAGCAGAAAGCACCUUUAAUGUUUGAAUGUAAAGAAGCUUUUAAAGUUUGAAGCAUCGGCAGCUCCAGUUAAUAUUUUAUUUCACAUUAAGCCGAAUUCUUUGACAAAAUGGCCCCAACUGGUAGCAGGAAACUAAAAUAAUAAUCUAUUCCCCAGGCUGAAAAUAGGUAUAAUACUCAAGAAAACAUUGUUUACAUUGAAUGCCUGUGGUGGAACGUAACUUAGUACAUUUACUCAAGUAUUGUACUUCAGAACAUUUGUAUUUUACUUGAGUAUUUUAAUUUUCUGCUACUUUAUACUUUUCUUUCUCCACAACAUUUACCUGUAAGCUUGAGUUAUUAGCCAUUUUACAUACAAAACAUAUGAGGAGCUUACAGAAAAGAUGAAACUACCCAUCAGUGUAUGAAGUAAAGUUAGUAAAAAUUGCUUUAUUUCGAACAGUAAAAAUCUUAUUUACACAUUAAUCCAUUGUUAAUCCAAUACUGCUUAAUAGCAUAACACUUCCUCCAUUCUUCCAUUCUACCAGUACUUCUGUACUUUUACUUAAGUAACAUUUUGAAUGUAAAAUUUUUACUACCGAGUAUUUUCACAGUGUGGUAUUGUUAAUUUUACUUAAAGUAAAAGGUCAGAAUACUUCUUCCCACUCUGGUGAUUACUCAAACGCCGCAGCAGUAUCGCUGACAGCAACAACAAAUUCAAAAGUCUAAUCAGGAUUGAUGAGCGUGGUUUCACCUCGAUGUCUGACAACAGUGAUUCUUCUUAGCUACUCUGAAAAGGAAGUAUAGCCCGUAGCAACUUUGAAACUAAGGUUUUGGCACUUUAUCGAUAGUGACUAUCAUCAUUGAAAUGCUGCAUCAUGUUAAAUGUAUUACAUACAGUGACUAAAAUAUCUCUAUUUUGCUCAUAGGAAUGGUUGUAACCGCUGAGGAUGUUUACUGUACACUCUACAACCAGUCAUGUGAUUGCUAUACUUACGUCCUGUUAGCCUAAUAUGCUUUUUAUAAUAGUGUUGGAAUGGCUGCUGUAUGCUCCUGGCUAACUCUUGAGGCUAUGACACAUGGGCAACAUUUAGAGGCUAAAACCACAAACAAGUAGCUAAUUACACAGUGCUGGAGUCAAGUCACCAAACCCCAAGUCCAAGUCAAGACCCAACUCUUUCAUAUUUUCAUGUCGAAGUCUCAGUUCGGAUCAUUAUGGUCAUGUCCGAGUCAUUGUGGCACGUCCAAGUCAACAAAGGAAAUCAUCACUUCAGACAUACCAUAGUCAU